UGACUUUACACACCGACCAGUGAAUGUAGAAAUUCUCGCAGGAUACCUAUCCUACAAAGUAAUAACGAAGACUUAAAGUAAUUUAUAUAGUUUCUUAUUAUAACAGUGAUACCAACUAUUUCGUUCGUAUUUUUAUAUUUCAAAACUUCAUUGCAAUCGUACGCGUAGCAAUGAAAUAAUGGAGUGUUUGUUCGUUCGCGUUUCACUAUUUAAACAAUAAAUAAUUUUUUAUCGACUGCGUGCAAUGCAGUCCUUAGAGUCAGUGUUUAUUCGUAAAGUUUUUUGUUCUUUUAACAGUCACACGGACUGUAUUUAUAAAGAAUAAAGUUUCGCGAAAUAAAUUCAGUGACCGUCCGUUAAUAAAUAACUACCGCGAAUUAAAAUCAUUGCAUCACUGAAAAGGAUCUCAACCAACUUCGAUGUCGACCUAUCUCAUUUUCAACCAACUACGAAUCAUCCACCCUCAAUUUCGACCUAAAUCGUGGACGAGUGUUUUAGAGCCAUCGCAGAACCUCUUAAGUAUCACACGCUUCGAGUGAAAGGUGAUGAAUAAUCUUAACACUGAUAAGUUUGUUAUGGUCACAAAAGAAAAAGAAAAGAAAAAAUUCAGAAAUGUCAAUUGGAGGUGGUCUUAAUAUUUUGAAAGCAGAAAUAUUAAAAAAACGGAAACAAUUAGAAGAAAGUAAUGUUUUACAACAAAAUAAAAAAUACUUCAGACGAGGAGAAUUGGAGUCUCAAUAUAAAACUGAAAAUUAUGAGACCAACGAUACCAGUGUCGAUAUUGUUAAAUCUGAUGUGAGUCAAGAACAGCAAGAAUCAGUAAAAGAUAAUAGUUUAGAACAAUCAACAUUACCUAGGCCAGAAGUAAUACGAAGAUUAAGAGAACGAGGAGAACCUAUAUUGUUAUUUGGAGAAUCAGAAAAAGAAGCAUUUAAAAGAUUAAGAAAACAUGAGAUAUUUGAAGCAGAAGUUAAUAAGGGCUUUAGAAAUGAUUUUCAAGAGGCAAUGGAACAAGUAGAUCAAGCAUAUUUAAAUGAAAUUUUGACAUCCACAAAAUCACAAGAUCGUAAUGUAAAAGGAGAUGUUAAUGUACCUGAAGAAGGUACCACUUACGAAGAUAUACAAAAAAUGUCUGACAAAUUAAAUAAAGGUGACAGGGACUUUGAUAUAAAUGUUAUUAUCCAAUUUAUCCAAUUCCUAGUACAAGUAUGGGGUAAUCAAUUAAAUAGUAGAACAUCUGAAGAAAAAAUGAGUACACAAGGUAAAAUGGCAAGUGCAACUUAUGCUCAAACAAGAGAAUAUUUAAAACCCCUUCUUAGAAAACUAAAAAAUAAAUCACUUCCUGAAGACAUAACUGAUAGUUUAACUGAAAUUGUGAAACAUUUACUUGAACGUAAUUAUAUUCUGGCUAGUGAUGCAUACUUACAAAUGGCAAUUGGAAAUUCUCCUUGGCCUAUUGGUGUAACUAUGGUUGGUAUACACGCACGUACUGGCAGAGAAAAGAUCUUUUCAAAAAAUGUAGCACAUGUAAUGAAUGAUGAAAAACAAAGAAAAUAUAUUCAAGCAGUAAAGAGGUUAAUGACUAAAUGCCAAGAAUACUAUCCUACAGAUCCUUCACGUUGUGUGGAAUAUGCAAAAACAUAGGUAUU